UCAUUCCCACUUUCCAGGGUACCUGCGGAGGGGCGGAGCCUCCGCACCCCAACCACGCCCCACCCGUCCGCGGCUGCCCAAUGGGCUGCGGCGGGGCGCGGCCGGGGGCGUGGCCUGGCUGCAUAUUCAUGUAUGCAGAUGAGCAGGUGCGGGCAGAGCGCGGCGGCGGGACGGGACGGGGAGCGGAGCGGCACCGGGACGGGACGGGGAGCGGCGGCGGGGCCAUGGCCACGGCGGGGCCGCGGUCCUUCAGCGCCGCCGAGGUGCGGGCGCGCUGCGCUCGGGGCGCCUGCCUGGUCUCCUGCCGCCGCCGCCUGUACGACCUGAGCGGCUUCGUGCGGCUGCACCCGGGCGGGGAGCAGCUGCUGCGCCGCCGCGCCGGUACCGACGUGAGCGCGGCGCUGGACGGGCCGCCCCACCGGCACUCGGAGAACGCCCGCCGCUGGCUGGAGCAGUACUACGUGGGGGACAUCGACGAGCAGAGCCUCUCUGAGACAGUGGAUGAGAAGGAGGUGGUUGCUGCAGCCCAGACUCCAGAGCAGACAGAUCUCUGCUACAAAACAGUGGAUGUGGAGACGGACCUGGUAGACUGGCAGAAGCCCUUGCUGUGGCAGGUGGGCUACUUAGGGGAGAAGUACGACGAGUGGGUGCACCAGCCUGUGGAUCGGCCCAUCCGCCUCUUCCACUCGGAUUUCCUUGAGUUCCUCUCCAAGACAGCAUGGUACGUGGUGUUCAUGGUAUGGACGCCCGUGGUGCUCUAUCUCAGCUGGGUCAGCUACACCUCCCUUGCUCAGGGCAACACCAGGCUCUUCUCCUCCUUCACCACAGAGUACUCCAUCCCCGUCCACAAAUACUACUUCCCCUUCAUCUUCCUCCUGGGAAUGAUCCUGUGGUCCCUGCUAGAGUACCUCAUCCAUCGCUUUGUCUUCCACAUGAAGCCACCCGCUAGUAAUUACUAUCUCAUCACCCUGCAUUUCUUGCUGCAUGGGCAGCAUCACAAGUCUCCCUUCGACAGCUCCCGCCUGGUCUUCCCUCCCGUGCCAGCCGCGCUGGUGAUCGGCUUCUUCUACGGCGUGCUGCGGCUGCUGCUGCCCGAGGUGCUGGGGCUCUCGGUGUUCGUCGGGGGGCUCUGCGGCUACGUCAUCUACGACAUGAUGCACUAUUACCUCCACUACGGCUCGCCCAAAAAGGGCACCUACCUGUAUGGCCUGAAGGCUUAUCACGUCAAGCACCACUUUGAACACCAAAAAUCAGGUUUUGGCAUCAGCACACGCUUCUGGGAUUAUCCUUUCGGGACACUCAUCCCUGAGGAGACCUUCAAGAAAGAGGACUGACAGCCCCAGCCCAGUGCUCAGCUGCUGGCUCCAUACCCCCUGCACUGGGGCUGGUGUCCCUCCCCAGCCCCCAGCGAGGCCCUGCCCCCUUCCUGGGGGCUGUGCCACUGGCAAGGGGAUGGGGGGCUGAGGAUGGUGAGGAAAGGGGAGGAGGAGGCUGUGGGGUUCCCUGGUGGACUCCUGCCCCCACCUCCUGCCCUCCCGCUCCAGGCUAUGGAUGCACGGGCAGAUCUGCUGCCUGAAAGAUGAAGUGCCUGAUGCCACCCUCCCUCCUCUGCCCUGGCACCUUGCCAGAGCCCCUGUCUCUCCUGGGGUGCCUCUCCCCUGGCACCCAACAUGCUGCAGUUACCCCUAUUGCCUAACUCAUGCCGAGGGGAUUCCCUGUCCUAGGUCCUUCUCCCGGCCCGAUCUCAGCACAGGGUUUUCUUGGCCUGCAGCCCUUUGGGAUGGGUCCCACAGCUCUGGAUUGUGCCUUUUUCUAACCGUGCACCCAUAUCUCUCUGCCAGAUGUAUCAAGUUCAUGGUUUUCAUAGACGUUGGCUACUUGAAACUCGAACUCCAAUGAAAACAAUUACUAUGAGAUGCCUUUUUUGCUGAUCCUGUGAUUUUAUUUUUUAUUACUUUUUCCCUAAUGUUUACUGCAGAUAUUUAAAGGUUUGAAAUAAAUUUAUAUGUAAAACUGUAGACACUACAAUUGUAAAUAAACUGUAUAUUUUGAAAAAUAAAA